AUGGGUGAUAUUGACUACUCGUUGUCAGGUGUUUUCCUGCUCUUGCUCCUCAUCGCCGCCUAUGCCGGCCUGACCUCGAUACAGCUUGGUCAAUAUAUCAACGACAAAGUACUACACUUCAUCACCUUUUUCACAAUUACCGUCGUAUUCUAUUGGGUUGUCGACACUAAUCGAAGGCGAGUCAUGAACAUGACCUUGGUGGUUUGUACCAUCGUCCUUGGUGUUGGAUCCGAGUUCGUGCAGAGCUUUCUCGACAAUGGCCGGGAAUUCGACUUAUAUGACAUUGUUGCGAAUGUGAUAGGCAGCUUACUCGGCGUUGGACUCUGCUCGUGGUAUCACAAGCGAAUGCUCGAGCGCAAGCGACGUAGACGGUACAGUGCCGUUCCUGGUGAGGACGAAGGUGACGUUGAGCUUGGCGAAGGCCACGAAACUGGCGUGGUGGACGAGACGAGUCGAGCUCGCACUCUAGAAGAAGAGGUUGAUAACUGGGAUGAGAAUCAGAUCGACGAUGACUGGGACGAGGAAGAAGCACACGAGGCUUCAACCAAUACCCAUGCCCUGGACAACAGUGCCGAUAUUGGAGAUUUGGCAGAUAGUAAGAAGCGAAUGGAUUAG